GAUUUCCGGUUUUAUAUGGUGGCGUGUACUUCCGCCAACGUCGUCAAAUCAAAUGUCAUUGUCAAAAAAGUGAUCAAAAGCGUAGCAAUGCCGGCGAUGGCGAUAAAACAAUUUGGCUUAUUGUUCAUACUUUUCAAUGCCUUAUAUUGUGAAUCAGCUAAUUUAGAUACUGUAUCCGGUGAUAUAAAGUUUAAAAAUGUUGAUAGAACGAUUGAUCUCUCUUCACAACUCGUAAGAAUAUCGCAGAAAAUAACCUUGGAGAACAGUGGCAAAUCGCCGGUAAAGAGUUUCUUGUUAGCAGUAGAAGCUUCAGCCAAGAACAAUUUGGCUUUUAUCGGCGCCAAAGACGGUAAUAGUAAAGAACUUCGUGUCACAGAGACUACCGUCAAAGGCCACGACAAUGCAAAGUUCUGGCGCGUGGAUCUGAAGGAUGCCCUAAACGCUGGCUCAACAGUGGUUGUCACGAGUGAAGUGGUCUUAACCAAAGCUUUGCAGCCGUAUCCCACUGCUAUAACGCAACAGGAAGACCAGCUUGUUAAGUAUACAGGCAAUCUCUACAUCUACUCCCCUUACCAGGUCACAUCUCAAAAAACCAAUGUAGUUGUGAACACAAAGGGCAUCGAAUCAUUCUCGAAAGUCAAGCCAUUUUCUCAACAAGAUGGUGCCGUACAAUACGGACCGUAUGCUAAUGUUGCUCCAUUCACUGAAAAAGAAUUGAGUGUGCAUUACAAGAACAACUCUCCAUUUUUAACUGUUACUCGAAUUGAAAGGCUUAUUGAAGUUUCUCACUGGGGAAACAUUGCCAUUGAAGAGUUGAUUGAGGUUGAGCACACAGGAGCUAAGCUGAAGGGACCAUUUUCGCGCUAUGACUACCAACAAGAUGUCCACAGCGGGCCAGCUAGUGUCCGGGCCUACAAAACGCUUCUACCUGCUUCUGCAUCAGAUGUGUACUACCGUGACACCAAUGGCAACAUCUCUACUUCCAAUAUGAAAGUCAAGAAAGACUCAGUUGAAUUGGACCUCAGACCACGCUACCCAUUGUUUGGUGGAUGGAAAACUCACUACACCCUAGGCUACAAUGUGCCUAGCUAUGAAUACUUGUACCAUUCUGCCAAUGAGUAUCUGCUGAAGAUGAGAGUUAUUGAUCACAUUUUUGACGACAUGCAGGUUGAUGAGCUGACUACUAAGAUUAUUUUGCCAGAGGGUUCAACUGGCAUCAAGCUGACUCUUCCGUACCAAGUGACACGGCUGCCCGACAGCCUGCACUACACCUACUUGGACACCAAAGGUCGCCCAGUCAUCACUUUCAAGAAGACCAACCUAGUUGAGAACCACAUUCAAGACUUCCAGCUGCGCUACACAUUCCCUCGUCUCCUUAUGUUGCAAGAACCACUUCUAGUUGUUGGUUUCUUGUACACAUUAUUCCUAUUUGUAAUUAUUUAUGUAAGAUUAGAUUUCUCCAUUCAUAAGUCUGAGCACCAACAUAAGGAUUAAAUAAGUUUUAUAUUAUUACAUUAUUGUAUGUAUGCAAUAAUCUAGUUCACUUUUGCAUUUUAUGUGCUGUCGCAAAUGAUUGUGUGCAAUUAAAUUAUAAA